ACGUGACUGCGUGAAGUUAUAAACAACAUGGCGAUGCGUGACUGUGUAUGCAGUUUGUAGAAGUUAUCGUUCAUGGAAGUCACUGUUGCAGAUCCCCAAAUGUAUCUCGGAAUUGCUCUGAUUUGCUGUGUUCUUAAUCCUUGAGGACACCGCCGUGCGAUAAGAUGGUAGAUGCAGAAAUGCUUGAAAGAUGUCUAGACGAGGAUACAGUAAACCAUAUUCCUCCACACUGGGCUCAAAAUGAUCACUUCUCGUUCUUCGGAGAUGACGACGACCACAUUUUUAUACACCGAGUGGACUCGGCUGAUAUUGUUUAUCAGCCGCGCAAGAAACGUGCGAAAAUGGUGGGGAAGUACCUAAUGGGCGAUACGCUGGGCGAAGGUUCUUACGGGAAGGUGAAAGAGGCUCUCGACUCGGAAAGUCUCUGUCGGAGAGCUGUCAAGAUCCUCAAAAAGAAGAAGCUGAAGAGGAUUCCAAGUGGAGAACAGAAUGUGAAAAGAGAGAUCCAGCUCCUUAAGAGGCUCCACCAUCCUAACAUCAUACAACUCGUCGACGUCCUCCAGAAUGAUGAGAAACAAAAAAUGUAUCUCUUUAUGGAGUAUUGUGUAAGUGGACUACAGGAUAUGUUGGAUGCUGCAGAGUGCAAGAAGUUCCCCAUCUGGCAGGCUCAUAAUUAUUUCAGUCAGCUAGUUGAUGGGUUAGAGUACCUGCACAGCCAGCAUGUGGUCCAUAAAGACAUCAAGCCUAGCAAUCUUCUUCUUACCACCGCCGGCAUUCUCAAGAUAUCAGACUUUGGUGUGGCAGAGCUUCUUGACCAGUUCACAGAAGAUGACGCGUGUCGGACAAGCCAGGGGUCACCAGCCUUCCAACCACCUGAGAUAGCCAAUGGACAAGACGUGUUCUCAGGGUUCAAGGUGGACAUAUGGUCAUCUGGAGUCACACUAUAUAACAUUGUAACGGGUAAAUUCCCCUUUGAAGGGGACAACAUCUAUAGAUUAUUUGAAAACAUCGGCAAGGGGGAAUACACCAUCCCAGAAGAUGUACCACCACAACUCACAAAUUUAUUAGAAGGUAUGCUAUGUAUCGAUCCAGACAACAGGCUGAAUAUACAUCGAAUCAAGGAACAUGUAUGGGUGAGGAAAAAACAUGAUAUAAUCGGAGACCCAGUGCAACUUCCUCUCCUUCCCGAUAGCUGUGAUGAGGUACGCAGCAUGACUGUAGUCCCGUAUAUAGAAGAUAUGUUCAACCCUUGUCCGUCAGAGGAUGGUAGCUAUUCAGAUGAGUACUAUGAAGACAGAGAACAGUACAAUGCACAAGCUUGUCCAGAUGCCCCUGAGAUUGUUGUGGAACCUGAUGAGAGCUCAGACCCAAGCCCAGAUGCAGAGGAACCACAGAAGCAGAAGAAAGUCAGCAAGGUGAGGAAACUCAGUUCCACCUGUAAACAACAAUAGAACGUUCCCACCUCAACCCUCCGUAAGCUGUGUCUCUACGCAGGCGUCUGGAUCGCUCCAUCUUGCGAUGGGGGUGGCAGCGUGUCUUGCUGGCUGUGACGAUGGUUGGACCGAGGCAGUGUGGAUUCUUACAUCAACUGAUAAGGGAGAUUAAUUGAUGAAAAAGGAUUUUUUUUUAUGUUUGCAAAGUAUGAUGAGGUUGCUUUUUCCCCCAGUUAACGCAUCAACAACUCUGGCCAGGAAUUCUUCUGGUUCUCCUGGAAAGUCUGCGUAGCAGUUCCUUGAGAAAAUCUUGUUUAAAGCAGCAAUAGCCAAUGUACCCUGCGGCAGUGGAGGGUCGCUUGCAGAGGAGAGUGGGAACACGCCCUGCGACAUUAAUCCAAUCCAUGUACAUAAUCAAAGUAGAAAAAAAUAAAUGUAAAGUAUACCAUUCAUUUUGGAGCAUGGUAUUUACUAAAAAUAUGUUUAAAUUAAUCUUUAUUCUACGACUUUUACGCAAGUAUCUGAAAGAUGUGUCUACAAUAUUGGGGUUUGUAAAUCGGAGAAAUCAGAGGGUCUUUCUCAUUUGGAGGAAAGAAUUUCAACGUGUGUUUAAAAACAUGAGUGUGUUUGAUAACAUGCUAAUGAUUUCAUGUGUGUGCCAUAUUCAUAUCAAGGAUAUAUACACGUACCAGUGAUAUGCCAGUUUGUUUUGUGCUUUGCUCUAAAUAAUAAACAUAAUCAUGUUUGAUAUUGAUAUAUUUGACAUGACAUAUUGUAAUGAAAAGCAAGUCCGAUACCGAAUGAUCACAAGCGACAAGACUCCUGGGUCCCGUAACAGGUUAGCGAUUUUUAAUCAUACGCUUGAUUUUAUGAUUGAUUGUACAUUGUAGUCUAUGGAAUCAGUCGUUGAAAUAUGUUCUACGACCAUUGCUGAUCAUUGUGUUACGGGCCACUGGUGUCAGACAAUGGCUUCUCCAUGGCAAAACUCUUGCUGUAAGUGUAUAGAUGGUUAUUUAAUCACAUUUAAAGCCAUAACACAAGGCCCACACAUGUGAAGAUGCUGGAAACCUAUGUUUUUUAUUGAUUGAGAAUGAUUGGAAAACAGUUUGCAAGUAAUCCCCCUGCCACCAAUCUCUUUAGAUAUGAACCCAUGGCUAUAGUGUAAUGAAAUGUCACUUGUACCAAUAGAAGCCAUACAUUUCAUAUAUAGUACAUGUUAACUUAUACAGAGGAUUGCAAAUAUGUGGAUUAUUAUUUUUCUACUGUAAAAUUGUAAUUUUUCUCUGUCUUCCUUUCAGCAAUUUGCCUUGUGAAUAUGAGUGUGAACGCUGCCCUCAUUGGUCGAAAGAUGUCAUUUUAGCACGCUCGGCCACCUAAUACUGCACAUUUACCAUGUCCAUUGUUUAUUGCAGAAAACAAGUGGCUAUUAUGAGGAAGAUCAGACAUGCUUCUUACUAUUAGUAUCUAGGCUUUCUUGGUGUUGAAUAAUCCGGUCACAGCAUGGUUUUAUCAUCCACAUGUACCCCAUUUGCAAUAUUUGCCAAGAGUUGGCUUGUAUGUGUGCCCCAGGUUUUCUUUAUCCUGGCCCAUUAAGUCAGUCUAGUCAUUGUCGCUUUCGUUUAUCGCUUUGAGAUAUGACACUCAUUUUUGGUGAACAUCACUGUCUAAUGCUUGAAUAUGAUAUCUUGGCACCAUUGAACUGGUGUGGAAUGCCAUCACACGUUAUAUAAUCUACAGCACAAUCUUUUUUUAAGUGCAUUUUGGUCAUUUUCCUCAACAUUUUAUGGAGAAGUCAACACAAUUUAUAUUCAUACACAUAGGCAGAAUUAUAGUUAUUCGUCAUAUGCAAUUAAAGUUACAAUGUUUCUUUAGAUGGUAUACUACAUUACUUUCGCACAAAAACAUCCAUUCACUUUUUAGAUAGACUUCCUUUCCAUUCUUCAUCCAUUGCUCACAUGUGAAACUCUGCACGAUAGCACUUUAUUUGAGACAGAUUUUUGUCAUGAAAUUCAAAUUUGUACGAGACAUAGUUUGCGAUGAUGGAGAUUUGGAAAUACUAUUUUGAUUUGAAUGUACUACACAUAGUUUCUAUAUCUAUCAUCCUUUAUAGUCAACCAAAGUCACUUGCGGUUUCCUCAGUUUGUUUAAAAAAGAAAGUUGACAUUUUCAUUGAAAUGCACAAAGUGAAUUAGUUGUCACAUGAAUCACAUUAACUCUCAUUCGAGAGUGAAAUUCAAGGCAGAUCGCAUUAUUAUCUCAAUAUCAUUCAUAGAACGGAAUCAGAAAGUGAAAUCAAUUUGAUGUGAAGUGUUUGAAGGACAAGAAUCUUAACACAUUUUAUUACCAAGCAUAUCUGAAUAACUUAUAGUCAUUAAGAAAUAAUGAAUACAUUUCCAUCUGUAUAUUCACAUGGACUUUGGAUAGGACCAAAGUGUUUUGUAGAACUCUAAAAUGUUACGAGCAACCAUUGACACUGCUUGGUCUAAGUUAGAAGCAUCUGCAAGAUAUUGUGUAAAUUUCAUCUAUAAAAGGUUUCAUUUGUUUAUAUGUAUAUGAAUUACUGGUAAGAAGAAUACAUUAUUACAUUGUCCCACUAAACGAGACUGUUGGUGGGAUAGUGUAACAGUUAUGCAAUGUAACACCAAUGCAAGUUGUAAAGGAUCAAGUUUCACAUUACAGUGGGUGAUUCUCAGUUUGAAGUGUAACUCCGGUGUUAGGGCUGAUGAUAGGGAAUACAAACACCAGUCACAACACUCUACUUGAAGUGAGGCUGGUGUUUGGAUUAAUAUCAUUCAGUGUUAAGUUAUCAGUUACAGUGUAAGUAUAAUUUACUAAACUGUAAUAGUUGGUGUAAAAACUCAGUUGAGCAGUGUGGUUUGCACUGUUAAGGCCAAUACUAACACCCAACACUGAACUUGAAAUCACUUAUGUCAAGAAAGCGUAUGUUCAUGUACAUGUUCUUAUUGUAUCAACAUCGAGAAGAAGCAUGCUAAACAUGUCAGUAAAUGCAUGGUUGUUCAUGUAAUUCCUCUAGUACUAGCAUUUGAUCAAAAUUUCUUUCGAUUUUCUAAAUUGAACUGGUUUGUGCAAGUCAAGAAUGUGAAUAGUUUAAAAAUGUUGAUUAUUCUAGCAAAAUAAGACCGAACUUAAAAGAAAAUAGAAUAUGAAUUCAUAACUUUUUAUGAGGUUACAAGCACUUGACAAUUAAAGGGUUUGUUUCGGUAUGUUGCUACGUAUAAAUUUUUCCUUUUUUAAACCAAUAACUUCAUAAGAAAAUCACUUUGAAUAUUUUGAUGAAGAGUACAAACGGAAAGAAAAGAAAAUGAAAAACAGUUGUCCUUUGAGAGAUAUCACUCUACAUUUUAUACUCCUUGACUUGUGCAUGGACUAGAUUUGUUGAAAUUCAUUUUGGUUUGUAAAAAUUUUCAUGUACAGUACCUAUCAUCAUGUGCCAAAAUCGAAAUAAAUUCCAUUGUUGAAUUGGUUGUUGAAGUCAUGAUAGGGGGUCAAGAUAUUGAAUAGGCUGCAUGCUUCUCAGAUGUGUUUUGAUACUUAAAUAUUUUUAUUAAUUUUUUUGUGUGCAGGUAUGCAUGUAUUUCUUUUUUCAUUUAUUAAUCUUUUUUUUUUAAUCAAACAUUGUUUCUUGUAAGUUGAAUAGAUUCAUGCAUUGAUUAAUUCACUGUUGUUUAUUUUAUCUGACUCAUAAAGUGCCAUUAAUGA